GUUUUCAUGGCAAUUUCCUGGCAUCUUCCUUCAUCCAAAAAGCCAAAGUCAAGUUUACACUGCUUUGGAAAAUUUGCACUAGAGUGAGAAAAAAGACGAAGAGAGAGAAAUCGGAAAGCCAAAAAAAGAAAAAAAGAAAAAAAAACUAGAGUGAGAGAGAAAAAUCAGAAAGAAACAACCGAUUCUUGCUCGUUUGCUCUUGAUUCGAUUUGUGUGUUGCAACCAUGUCUCCUUCUUUAUCGACCCCAACAUAUGAAUAUGAUGUUUUCGUUAGUUUUCGUGGAGCAGAUACCCGCACAAGCUUCACCGCCCAUCUCUUGGCCGCUUUAGACCGUAAAAGUAUUCGUGUCUAUAAAGAUGACAUAAACCUCCCAAGAGGGGAAGAGAUUGGGCCUGAGUUGUUGAAGGCAAUUGAAACAUCAAAGAUUGCAGUUGUGGUGUUUUCUAAAAACUAUGCUACUUCGGAUUGGUGUCUGGACGAGCUGGUGAAGAUCAUGGAAUGCAAAAGUGUGUUAAAUCAAAGGGUGCUGCCUAUUUUCUACGAUGUAACUGAAUCCGAGGUGGUAGAACAGAAGGGGAAUUUUGCAGAGUCUCUUUCCAAUGGCCCUGAAGAAAAGGUGGAGAGUUGGACGGCUGCUUUGACUGAAGUUGCAAACUUGGCUGGCUUUCGUUUGGAACCAUCUCGUCCAGAGCCAGAGUUUAUAGAGGAAAUUGUUGAAGUCAUUUGGAAAAGAGUAAAAGGGGAAUCAUCCACCGUUCAAUCCCGUCGUCAGAUUGAUAAUCCCAGUGCCGGUGACGGUGAAGACUCUUCAAUAAUCAUCUCGCAAAAUGAUGCUUUAUCUGUUCAAAAUGCUAUUGCUGAGUGGAGUCGUCUUUUUUUUUUUUGUGGGCCAGUUAGCCUUAUAUACGAUCACGCAAAUGCGAGGGAGUGUUCUGUAUCCUUUGGACCUCCACCUACUAAUGAAGGUGGAGAAAGAUUCUUUCGGCUCUUGCUUAGUGGUCUCCAAAUCUCUCCUUGUCACAUCCACCUCUAUGUUGUACUUAUAUUGAUUGUGAAACUCGUGGCAGAUGUCCUCCCAACUCCUUGCUCUAGCAUCAUCUAG